AUGAAAGCCACCGCAUACCUUCUCUUCCUCACAGCGGCCACGCUCACCGCCGCCGCGCCCGUUGACGAGGGUUUGCUAUCCCCCGGAACUACCUCUCCGGCUCUGAGCAGGCGUCUACGUGUCAGGGCGCCGGCUGGCGAAUGGAACGUACUCCCCGGAACUACCUCCUCUCUGCGUGCCAGGGCGCCGGCCGGCGAAUGGAACGUACUCCCCGGAACUACCUCCUCUCUGCGUGCCAGGGCGCCGGCCGGCGAAUGGAACGUACUCCCCGGAACUACCUCCUCUCUACGUGCCAGGGCACCCGUAGACGAAUCCAACAACGAGGCUCCCUGGGGCCCCGAAAACCCACCCCUCGCCAGCAGGUCCCCCGUAGAUGAAUCCAACGACGAAGCUUCCCGGAGCCCUGAAAACCCGCCCACCGAGCCUCUCCUUGCCGGUAGGGCACCCGCCGGCGAAUGGAACGUAGCCGAAAACACAUCUCCGGUUGCACGCAGCAGCCGUCUAGUUGCUAGGUCUUUUGCCUCUUAG